AUGGACCCCCGCCCACUCCCCUGCGCCCUGGUGCUGCUGGGCAUCAGUCUGGCGCUGGCGCUGGGCUCCGCGCCUGCUCAGGGAGCCCCAGAGAAGCUGUGCGGCUACCACUUCGUGCGCGCGCUGGUGCGGGAGUGCGGGGGCCCGCGCUGGUCCUCGGAGGACGGGCGGCGAGUGGCCGGCGGCGACCGGGAGCUGCUGCAGUGGCUGGAUGGACGACACCUCCAGGGGCUGGUGGCCGAUGAGGACCCCAAACUGGUUCUCAUCCCACAGCCCCUGCCCCAGGCCCCUCGCCAUCACCGCCACCACCGGGCAGCCGCCACCAACCCUGCACAUUAUUGCUGCCUCAGUGGCUGCACCCGGGAACACCUGUUGACCCUGUGUCCUCACUGAACCCCCACUGGGUGCGGAUCUGGAGACCCCGGGGAGCUGAUCUGGCGGGCUCUGGGAGCCACCCGGCGCAUAAACCCCAUCUGGGAGGGCGGUACCCAGCACUCCCCACCUUCCCGGGCCACCUUCCUCUGUAGGGCCAACUGCAAAACAAAUAAAUAAAAAUAAAAAUAAAAAAUCACACCUUCACCCUGGCUUGCAGGGUUCUUGGUCUCACAGAGAUGCCGGAAACUGAGGGCCCAAUGUUCUCACCUCUAAGGAGUCCCAGGCACCGCCACCCUCCCCGCAUCCGUGACACCCUGGUCAAUGUCUCCCUAAUAGUAAAUAAAUGAAGCUCUUGCAAAAUCUGAAA